AUGGCCACAUCGAACGUACACCACGAAGCGCUUGUGGAGGAACUCACAGAACUCAUGAAGAGCGGCAAAUACACUGACCUAACCACCAAGUGCGGAAACCGCGAAUGGCAUGUUCACAAGGCGAUCGUGUGCACGGCAUCCUGUGUCAUUGCAACAGAGUGCGAUGGUGAAAUGAAGGAAGGGCUGUCAGGUGUGAUCGAACAGGAAGAAUUUGACGAAGAGACGGUGGACAGAAUGAUCACCUACGUGUACACGCGGAGCUACACAGUGAAAAGCGACCAUCCAAUGUUCGGAUGCUCGAGAUCCAAGGGUUCUGAGCCUUACAUUCUGGGCUCUUGCGAUCCUUCUUCGGAAACAGGCUGGAGGCCAGAGGACGACGGCAUGCGAUGGGAAGACAACGGCGAGUUGAACCGCGCUCUCAUCGCCCACGUCGAUCCUCAAGCCUUCGCUCUCGAGCGCUUCAAGCUAAUCAGCGGGGCGUUCAGCCGACACGACUACAACAAACUGAUCAAGGCUGUCUGGGAACAAACUUCUUAUACCGACCAGCAACUCCGCACCGCUUUGGUGCAGCAGGCUGUAAAUUUCCGCCACAAGUGGAUUUUGACCUGCGAAGACUACGAUGCCAACUUUGCCCUGGAGAAAGGCGCGCAGGAAUUCAUGUUUGUGGUCCUGCGGAGAGUCUGUCGAAUAGAGGAAGAUGAGAGGUUGAGGAUGCACGAGGCUGCUGAGGCGGAACGACGAGAAUUGCGGCUCGGGCAGAGAUUGGGUGGUAACGGGGCAGCAGCAGCAGUCCUUGGGUUCCCAUGA